AUGGCGCACCAUUCCGACAUAACUUCUGACCUAGAUUCGGACAUAGUUGAUUCCGAUGAUGAUGAAGACAAUGAAGAAUUUACUACAUUUCGAGGUCCGUGGUUUAAUGUAGUGGAUCCUAACUCUUUUAUCAUGCCUGACCCUGAUUUCAGGGAGGAAACAGGACCCGUCAGUUUUUAUCCUGGGAUGCUUAACCGGGAUGUUUGCGUAGAUGAAAGAAUUGUAGGGUUUAAAGGAAGGCAUCAACUCAAGCAAUACAUCUCAAAUAAGAAAGCACACAGAUGGGGGAUCAAACUUUGGGUGCUAUCAGACUCCACUUCUGGAUACACUCAUCACCUAAACAUUUACAAAGGCAGGAGAAAUGAGCGACGCAGUCCGAACGGACAAGGCUAUCAGGCAGUAAUGGACUUGAUGGAACCACAUUUCUAUAAAGAGCAUCAUAUCACUUUCGACAGUUUUUUCACCAGCCCCAAACUGGUAUAUGAUCUCUUGGACAAGCAAACUCACAGCACAGGAACAGUGAUCAAAUCUCGAAAGGAUAUGCCUUCCAGUUUUAAGAACGCAAUAAUGCAGAAAGGAGAUGUUAAGGUUAAAACACGUGCUGGAGUAAUGGCUGUUCAGUGGGCAGACAGGAGAGUUGUAUCUUUGUUGACCACUACUGGUUCCGCGAGGCAGAUACAAACAACAAAUGGAAAGGGUCGUGAAGUUUCUAUCCCUGCCAUUAUAGACACCUACAAUCUUGCGAUGGGAGGGGUCGAUCUCGGAGAUCAACUUAUUCUCCAAUUUGAGCCACAGUUCAAGAGUUUAAAGAUGUGGAGAAAACUCCUAUUUCACUCUCUUGUAACCGCAGCAGUAUAUGCCUAUAUUUGCUAUCGAGAUUCCUUCAUUGUACAAUACAAAAUGGACCAUCUGAAGUUUCACCAGCAGCUUUGCCAAGAACUUACUGGGGGUUUUCGACAGGGUAGCAGGAACAGACAGCUGCGUAUAAUACCAGUCCAGCACAGAACCUUGGCAAGAUUGUCUGAGAGGCACUUUCCGUCCAAAAUACCAGAUGGUAACCGUAAGAGAUGUGCUGUUUGCGCGGGACAUGGAGGCGGAUUCAGGAAAACAAGAAUUCCAUGGUGGUGUGAGGACUGCAGGGUCGGACUCUGUGUAGAAGGAUGCUUUAGGAAAUUUCACACGAGGAUCAAUUUUGAGGAGUAA